CUGUCAUCUCCUCUCCAGAAUGUAAUCCUUAGCGAGGUCCCGGCUUUUAGGAUUAAACAGGAAAAGCCCCCAAGCCUUGGCAUUAACUGUGGGGUGGCGCAGGCGUCAGCUGGGAGCCCACCGGUCCAUUUGCGUCAGCGUACCCCCAGUCCGAGCACGGCCCCAGUGCCUCCCUGGAUGCGGUCAGUGGUGCGGAAACCUCGGUUUUCCUCCAAGUCAGAAGCGAAUGGAGUCCGGACCCUGGGAACAUGGAGCGAACCACCUGAGCACUUCCAAGGAUGGCCGAACCGCGCUUUAACAAUCCGUAUUUUUGGCCUCCACCUCCCACCAUGCCCAGCCAGUUGGAUAACCUGGUUCUGAUAAACAAGAUCAAGGAGCAGCUGAUGGCCGAGAAGAUUCGACCUCCUCACUUGCCUCCGACAUCUGUUCCUUCCCAGCAGCCUUUGCUUAUCCCCCCGUCGCCUGCAGAAACCAGUCAGUCUGUCAUGUCCCUGCAGAAACUCCAACAGGUCCCGGGUCUGCACCCACAAGCCGUCCCGCAGCCCGACGUGGCACUCCAUGCGCGGCCGGCCACCAGCACCGUCACUGGUAAUUUACACUCUGGACACGGAAGGUGGGGGAGCAGAAGUACAUAUGUAGGGCUGGGUCUGACCUCCUCCCGCACGACUGUUAGCACCUCAGAGUCCAGCACCGGUACCACUAGCGGUACCCCCUCAACGCCAACCUCCAACAGCCAGACCCGACUUAUUGCCACUUCACCCACCCUCAUCUCAGGGAUCACGAGCUCCCCCACGUUGGAUUCCAUUAAAACCAUCCAGGGGCACAGUCUGCUAGGACCCACAAAGCCAGAAAGGGGGCGCAAGAAGAUUAAAGCUGAGAACCCCCCAGGACCACCAGUCCUUGUUGUCCCAUACCCUAUCCUGGCCUCGGGAGAUAUUGGCAAAGAGGGAAAAACCUACAGGUGCAAAGUUUGCCCUUUGACGUUCUUCACCAAGUCAGAGAUGCAGAUCCAUUCGAAGUCCCACACGGAGGCCAAACCCCACAAGUGCCCACAUUGCUCCAAAUCCUUUGCCAACGCUUCCUACCUUGCUCAGCACCUACGCAUUCACCUCGGCGUUAAGCCCUAUCACUGCUCGUACUGUGAGAAGUCCUUCCGCCAGCUUUCACACCUCCAGCAGCACACCAGAAUUCAUACCGGUGACCGACCCUACAAGUGUCCGCAGCCCGGCUGUGAAAAGGCCUUCACGCAGCUCUCCAACCUGCAGUCUCACCAGCGACAACACAACAAAGAUAAACCGUACAAGUGUCCCAACUGCUACCGGGCGUACUCAGACUCCGCGUCCCUUCAGAUCCACCUCUCUGCGCAUGCCGUUAAACACGCCAAGGCUUACUGUUGCAGUAUGUGUGGCCGAGCGUACACCUCGGAGACGUAUUUAAUGAAGCACAUGUCUAAACAUACAGUAGUGGAGCAUCUGGUCAACCAUCAUUCUCCCCAGAGGACCGAGUCUCCCGGCAUUCCUGUCCGGAUCUCCCUCAUCUAAAGAAAGACCAGGGCUGCUGGACACUGGGGUUCCUCUCUGCCCCUCACACCCCAUUCCCAGGACCCGGGUGGAUCUUCUGGAGUGGGGUAGCCUGAGCUCCAGCUCCCAAUUUGGGAUCCAGUUACUCGGAUGGAAGGGAUGACAUGGAGUCUGCCACUCGCUUUCUUUCAUCGGACCUACUGGUUGCCCUCUUUGCUCUGGGCUCGUCUGGAUGUUUGCCAAGCUCUGUUGGACACAAUUUGGUGCAGAGGGUGCUCCUUGGCGGCCCGGUAACAAUUACAAUUUGAUUCUGGAUGGCCAAAUUUUCCAGAUGGGUUGCUAGUAAAUGAUUUUACCUCCGGAUCUCCACGUGCUCCUCCUGUGCAGUUGCCUUUGGGAUUUCUCGGUGAGACCUACUGAGUGAAAGCAGCGUGAACCUGGACGUGACGUCUUGUUUGCCCAACACAUUUUGGUGACAUGCAAAGUCCCCAGCCUAGCACUUUGAACCUCUCACAUUUUAUAUCUGUUUAUGUUACCCAAACUUUUUUUAUCCUCCAUUUUUUUACAUACAAGAAAACAAUAAAAAUGUCCUAUUUAUUGGCCAAGAAUUUGGUGCUGCUAAUUGGGGAAAACUAAAGAAAA